AUGUCAAGGAACCCUAUAUUAUGCGGAUCGCGGCGAGGGUUUGCGUCACGCCGCGUGCCACUGCGGCCUGCGGCUGCCACCGGCGGCCGGCGCUACGAUCAGUCGCAGCCGAAAUGUCUGCGCGAACGCCUGCCCGCUGCCACAGCAUCCUCGCUGUGCUUUUGCUCCUCGCAGCUUACACACAUGAGGAAAAAAUUUCAUGCGUUAAAGAUGGGCUGUUCGCCGACUACGAUUCUGAUUGUGAAAAAUAUGUGCGGUGUGUAAAUGGAAAAGUGAAAGGACGUUACACUUGUGCCCCGGGAAGAGUGUUUAGUGAAGUUGCGGGUGCGUGUAUAAUGAGCCCGAGUCGCAGUUGUACGCAGCGUAUUUGCGCGCCCGGAGAUACGUUUGCUUAUACGACACCAACAACUGCAUGCCGCCACUACUAUCGAUGCGAAAACGGUACAGUCACAGAUCACACCUGCCCACCUGGGUCUUGGUUUGAUACAGACCGCCAAGCGUGCUCUCGAGGCGCAGGUACAUGUUAUGAACCCGUUUGUGCUGGCUUACCUAACGGCAAAUAUCCUGAUUCGUCUAAUGAAUGUCGACGGAUUCUGCAUUGUCGUGGAUCGGAAGUGAGAGCAGUGGAAUCUUGUCAGGGGGUUUGCACCAAUGAUUGUCCAGCCCCACGAUCGACAGCAAUACCUAUACCAGUUGGAGAUGCUGACUUUUGUUCUGAUGAAGCAUGCGCUUCGCUGUGUCAGAACGCUGCUGACGGUGCUUACGCUGAUCGUUCGACGGGUUGUCGCGAAUACUUUGUGUGUAAAGCGCAUGGAGUUAUUGGACGCGGGGUGUGUGAACCGGGCUUCUUAUUUUCGGGAUCCGGUUGCGAGCCUGCAGAAUUGAGCUACUGCCCACCACCGGCAAGAAGCCCUUGCUUUAACCGACAGGACGGUCGAUAUAGAGAUUGGAAAAGCUGUUCAUCUUAUUACGAUUGCCGUCGUGGAAGAGUAGUCUCUCGAGGGAUGUGUGAACAAGGAAAGGUUUUCGAUGGCGCGAAGUGUGUAUCACAGAACAGCUUUUAUUGUAAAGGACCCGAAAUGUCUAAACUUUGUCAAGGAAUGCCUAGUGGGACUUAUCAACAUCUAGAGUCCAACUGCAGCCAAUAUUAUCACUGUGAGGGAUCACUACAGACUUUAUUUGCGUGUCCAUUUGGUGAAGUGUAUGACGGUGUAAAAUGUGUGCCUUCUUCGCAACAUUUAUGUCCUAAUUUAGAGAGAGACUCUUGCUAUGGCCGUUCCGACGGUCGUUAUAGAGCGAAAGAUGCAAGUUGUCGGGCCUUUUAUGCAUGUAUAAACGGGGAAAAAGCAAUGUAUGCCUGCCCAACGGGACAUGUUUUUGAUGGAGAAUCCUGCAUACCAGAACGUCUUGACCUAUGUCCAUCAAAAGACUAUUCAUGUUCAGGACUCAGUGAUGGAUACCAUGCUGAAAUUGAUUCUAAUUGUCACAGAUACUUUUUCUGCGAGGGCGGAGAUCGUCUUGCAACGCUAUCCUGUCUAGGAGGAAAAAUUUUCGACGGCCACGCGUGCGUAGAACCAUCGCGUCACGAAUGUGGAGGGCCGAGAAAGGAGCACAUAGAUCACGGGAAACAUUGCGGACACAAUGGCUUCUUUGUUGUCGCCGGCACCGAGUGCAAGAAUUAUUACUUCUGUUUGGGCGGCCAAAGGACAUACCUCACUUGCCCUAUAGGCCAAGUAUUCAAUGGACAGAUUUGCGUCCCAUACGAACAGUACGUGUGCCCUGAUUGAACCAAACGGUAAAUAUUGGUCUAUUUAUCAUGGCUAAGCUACUCGAGCUAAGGGGAGGAGUCCACGGUGUACCUGAUCUAAAGACUGUGAAUACAAAUACAAUUUUGUCACAGUAUAGAAUAAUUCAUAUAACUUAUAUUUUAGUCGUAUAUUUCAAUCUACCUCGAUGUAUGCAAUGAUAGGCGCUUUAUACUCAUUAUUUUAUUGGCAUAAAAACUUUAAGCAUCCUAUAUAGGUAUAACUAUUUCUAGUAAUUACAAUAGCUAUAUAAAGUUAAGUUACAAACGCAUUAUCUCAAAUAAAAAAAAAUCUUUUGAUAACAUAAACGUAAUUUAUUUAUUUAGAAAUAUAUCUUUAAUACAAACCUUAAUCAACAAAAACUUACAUAACAUACUUAAGAAUUAGUAUAGUUAAUAUACUAUUUUAAAAUUAUAAAUAUUUUAAUAAGUAGCACAAUGACAAAAUAUAUUUAAAUACAAUGUUACCAAACUACAAAUAGACUAGUCUCGCUAAGACCACUUUACCGUUAUACAUAAUUUUGGCGACAGUUUAUAUAAAAGCAAGGUUUUUCCCUUUGAAUUUGCAUGCAUAUAUUUAUAAUUUACUCCAAUGUCAUAACUUGUACCGUAUGUAUCGCUUGAAAAACACAAUACUCAUUAGCAGGUGUCAGAUUAUAUUAUUUAUGGUAAUGUUAAUUUUUACGCAACGAACGUAUAAACCAACAGUGACUAUAAAUAUAUAACUAAAACUUUUGUGUGUUACAAGCGAAUUGUAGUAUUUCAAACAAUUCUAAUCAUUCAAUCAAUUUCAUUGGAAUUUAACAUCUUUAAAAACUACAAUUAAAUAGUCUUAAAUAAAAAAAAAA